GAAGGUUUUUUUUUUUGUCUUUGAGCCAAAGCUAAGAACCAAACCGACACACAGAGAUGGCAAAGAUCCUAUUUGGAGUCAUUGCAGUUCUUGCAUCUUUAAUGCUGGUGGAGUCCCUGACCUGCAACAAAUGCAGCAACGGUAUUUUGGGCUACUGCCUUAGCGCUUCUCAGGUGACCUGCACAAGCAACACCAGCCUCUGCUUUACUGGAAAAGCAACUUUCACAGGAUUGACCUCUGUGGGCUUCAACACCCAGGGCUGCAUUGAAUCCAUUGGCUGUAACACGAAUACCACCAGCAGCCUGCUGGGUGUCUCCUACACGACACAAACCACCUGCUGCUCAACAGACCAGUGCAACCCUGUUCAGGCCAGUGGAGCACCAUCCACCAAGAUGACCCUGACCGCUGCCAUUGGUGUAGCCGUCCUGGCCUCCAUGUGGGGAAGCAUACUGUAACAUGCUAAUGCUAAAUCACCAUAAGCAGCUCGCUGCUUCCAGCUGCUCCUGAAACCCGUUCAUAUGAUUCAUUAUACCUAUUGGGGCAUUUUAGAAGACCAAACACACUAUCAAAAUUAAUUAUUUGAUCUAAUGAUUUUAUUAGUAUCAUUAUUUAUAUGCUCAUAUUCUGUGACACUCUUUGUUUUUCAUAACUAAGGUCUUGUCAUAUGAGGGUUCAUUUCCAUAAUAUCAAGUUAUAUAAAAGCCAAAACUAAGGUGUUCACAUUAUGGUAGUUGAGCAAUGGGAUGUUCAAGGGAAACAUUCAGUUCAUAAAUCUUCAUUGUUUUUUUGUAUUUUUAAAAAUCAUAUUGUAUUUAUCCUUUUAACUACUUUGUGUCUUAAUGGACAAAAAUGGU